CUUGAAAUCAUUAUUCUGUCUUUAUCGUUCAUUAGACGUGAAAUAAGAAUAGAAGUACUGAAAGCGCUGAAAGCAUUCAAAUCGAUCGCAGUCUAGUCAUGGCGUCCAAUUGCGUCAGCUGAAAAGUGGUUUACGUGAUUUUAUCGCGUGACGUCGUGUGGAAGGUGAAAAGAUUUGACGAUGUUUCCAGCUUAUGCACACUUAUCAGCUUACGACAGGCACAAGAAACUCAUAAAUGAUUACUUGACAAUUUACGGAAAGUCUGUAUCAUCGUUUAAGCGAGACACGUCCCGAGACAAAACUGAUUACGAUGUCAUCAGAGAGAACCACAAGUUUCUCUGGGAUCAAGAAAAGGAUGUCCCAGAUACAUGGGGUAGCAGAUUAGCUAAGAAGUAUUACGACAAAUUGUUCAAGGAAUAUUGCAUAUGUGAUCUUACAUAUUAUAAAUGUAAUAAGAUUGCUUUGAGAUGGAGAACCGAGAAAGAAGUAAUAGUUGGCAAAGGACAGUUCGAGUGUGGUAGUAAAACAUGCAAAGAGAAGGAAGAUUUGCGUUCUUGGGAGCUUAAUUUUGGUUAUGAAGAACAUGGCGAGAAGAAGAAUGCGCUAGUAAAAUUAAGACUUUGCCCAGAAUGUUCCGUAAAACUUAAUUAUCGAUCACAAAAGCGAGAGGUGAAAAGGAGAAAAUCUUUGAAGCGUUUGGACACAAAUUCCGAAAAUAGCAAUGAUGUACCUACUAUUUCCAGUAAUCCAGAAUCAGAUAAUAAAGCAGAAACAGAGUCCACCUCAGCUGAGAUACAAAGCAAUGAAAAUACUGAUACGAAUGAAUCAAAUAUCUGGAAAGAGAAACCAGCUGAAGACGUAGAAAAGACAAGAGAAAAAGAAUUUGAGGAAUAUUUGGCAGAUUUAUUUAUGUGAACGCUAUUAAUGUUUUAAUCAUAAUUUUUUUUGUUUAAUACUUUGUAAAUAGAUAUUGGAGAAGAUAGUGUCAUUUUUUUAGUUUGUUUAAUUUCUUAUUUAAGGAGGUUCUAAAAAUGAUGGAAGUAUCAACUUUAUAAAUUAGAAAGUUUUCCGAAUUGACUGUUUUAAAAGUCUUUUUACACAAUUAAAAUACGCAUAAAAAAGAUUUUAAUCUGUACAGCCAAUUCAGAAAACUUUAGUCGGUAAUUCUAUCAUUUUAGGAUUCUCUGAAUUAUUCAUAAGGAUGUUAGUACACUACUAUACAUGUACAGUAUCAAUAAUAUAAUUUUUAUAAUAAAAUAUUUCAUAUGUGAAAAGAU